AUGUUUCCCAAUGAAGCCUUCAGUGUCGAUAGCUGUCUGCCGAAAAGCCUAGAUUCUGCACUCGCUCAGUGUGAGAUGACAUUGAGCAACUUAAAUAUUACUAGAGUCAAUGCUGAUGAUACUGCUGGUGCUGCUCAGAUAGUAGCUGCAAGUGGCCAAAGAGACACUGGGGCAGUUGCUAGUGCUCGAGCUGCUGAGAUCUAUGGUCUUGAUAUUGUAGCUAAAAAUAAUGUUCAGGACGAUGAAAACAACAUUACUCGCUUCCUUAUACUCGCGAGAGAACGACAAGCCAUAUCGGACAAGCAUUGUUUUCACCCUUGA